AUGAGUACAAGUAACAAUUUCAAAUGCUCAGAAGAUUUUCCAACCUCUGACAUUGUACUCGGAUUCUUAUUAUCCGUUGGUAUCUUUAUAUCAUUCUUGCCUCAAAUAUUAGUAUUAAUCUUUAGAAAGAAUGUAGAAGGUUUAUCUGUGAUUAGUUGUUGGUUCAACUAUGCCAAUUGUAUGGGAACAUUUCUAAAUAUUCUAUUUUUAAAUUGGUUCAUCUUUGAAUGUUGUGGUGAUUCUACUCUUCGUUGGAUGGUAACUAUAUCAAAUAUCAACUUUGAAUCUAUCUAUCCUUUGUUUAAUUCAUGGGUAUGUUUUGAAAAUUUAUUACCAGUUGUUCAAAUGGGAGUACCAUUUGUAACGACUGGAGUUAUAUUUGGAUUGUAUGUUUUGUAUAGACCAAAGUUACCACCCUUGUCAUCAAUCAAGAAUAUGAACAAGGAUGGAGAGAAUGGUGGUGAAACCGAUUCGCCAUCAACCAUUACCGAUGACAAUAAUACUACUACAACUACAUCGACAACAUUACAAAAUAGUAGUAGUGUAAAUACUACCAACCAUGAUUCUUCUGAUUUCACAACAGGAGGUAGUAAUAAUGGUGGUAGUGGUAGUUCAACACCAAUCUUACCAAAAAAGAAAAAAGCAGAGAUUGCACCAGACAGUUUCCUGAUGCAACAAGGAAACAAUCGUAUUGAGAGACUGUUUAUUCGUAUGGAUUGGUACUCUCAACCAUUCUUUUGGGGUACCAAUCUUGCUACGAUUGUAUUUUUCGUGAUUGGUGUGGCACUUGUCUAUGGCUACGGAUCAAAGUCGACACAGUUGGAAGGAUACGCAUUCUUUUUGGGUGUGCUUGCUGCCAUCCUUGUAUUUUUCCAAUGGAUGCCCCAAAUCUACACUACGUGGUUGGCCGAUGAGAUUGGAUCGCUCUCCCUCGUUUCACUAUGCAUCCAAGUGCCAGGUGCCUUGUUGGUGUGUUAUUUCCAAUUGUCGUCGGGUCAGUCGUGGAUCACUUGGUUCCCCUACCUAGCCACUGCCAUUCAAGAAGGUGUUCUUGUCGUUCUAUGUAUAUACUAUUUGGUUAGAGAUAAAAGAAGAAAACGAAAACAAGAAAAAGAAGAACAAGAAAAGAAAAAUCAACAAGGAUUAGGUGGAGUAGGAGAUGAUUCAUCAUCAUCAUCAUUACCUUCAAAGGAUCUUGAUCAUUCAACCAAUCAACCAUCAAGUCAAGAUCAACAACAAUACCAACAACAACAACCAGAUAAACAAGUUAUUGAUGAAACAACAUCUAUUAAUACAACUGGUAGUGGUAGAUCAAUUGGAAUUAAUAAUACCGACAAUGAUAAUGAUAAUGAUCAAUCUGGUGGACAUGAAUAUUAUCAAAGUACUCCUGGGAUUUAA